UGUGUGUUAAUGUGGGUGAGUCGGUCUGCAAGAAACAAAGAUGUUGAACCUUCCCAUUGUAUCAACAUUUCUUGUCCUGUGCAUGACUUCCCUUGCACGUGGAACUGGAAACUUGCCCAAUAUUCUACUUUUACUAAGUGAUGAUCAAGAUGUUGAGCUACAUGGCAUGUUCCCACUGCAAAGGACGCGGGAGCUGUUUGCUAGCUCUGGGGCUCAACUGCACAACGUUUACACUCCCACGCCUCUCUGUUGCCCCUCACGUGCCAGCGUUCUGACUGGGCAAUAUGCUCACAAUCAUCGGACCCUAAACAAUUCGUACAGUGGGGGCUGCUACGGCAGCCACUGGCGCGAGAAAAUGGAGCCUCAGGCCUUGCCUGUUCUACUCAAGCAGCAGGGCUAUCGCACAUUUUAUGCCGGAAAGUAUUUGAAUCAUUAUAGUGGCGAUGAAGUACCGCCUGGCUGGGAUGAGUUCUACGGUCUUCAUGGGAAUUCGCGAUACUACAAUUAUACGUUGCGCGAGAAUGAGCGUAAUGUUAGCUACAUGGACAUGUAUCUGACGGAUCUGUUAAAGGAACGUGCUUUAAGUUUUAUAAGAAAUGCAACUCAACAAGAAGGACAGCCCUUUUUUGCUAUUAUAGCUCCACCUGCGGCACAUGCACCAUAUACGCCAGCGCCACGACAUGCUGGUUUAUUUGCCAAUGUGAAAGCACUGCGCACGCCCAGCUUCAAUCAGCUCGUGAAGACACCUUUGGAUAAACACUGGUUGGUUGCGUCUAGCAAGGCGUUGAAACAAAAUACGCUCGCUACCAUUGAUAAAUAUUUCCAGCAACGUUGGGAAACACUUUUGGCUGUGGACGAAAUGGUGGCUGAGCUGGCAGCGUUGCUGGAUGUAACAGAAGCCAUAAACGAUACCUACAUUAUAUAUACGUCGGACAAUGGGUACCACAUGGGUCAGUUUGCGCAACCGUUCGACAAGAGGCAACCAUAUGAAACAGAUAUUCGCGUACCUUUGCUUAUUCGAGGACCGGGUGUACCAGUACACUGCUCACUACAUGUGCCCAUCUCUCUUUUGGACUUGGCGCCCACAAUAUUGGACUGGGCAGGCGGUUUAAUACCCGAACAGAUGAACGGACGCUCUAUAAAACAAGAUCUGGAACAUUGUCACGAUGAAAAGCUGGACGGAGCUUCAUAUCAACGAACGUUGCUUAUUGAGUAUUGGGGAGAGGGUAACAGUCAUACGUUUAAUCCGAAAUGUCCUUGGCAACUUAGUGAUAAUAUGGCUGGCUGUACUCUCGAUGCUGAUUGUCAUUGUCAAGACACUAGGAAUAAUUCGUACGCCUGUGUACGUGAUUUUCGUUACCAUAUGGAUCGCAUCUACUGCGAGUUCCAGGAUAAAGAAAAUUUUGUAGAGGCAUAUGACCUGGCGCAGGAUCCUUAUCAAAUGAAUAAUUUAGGAUUUGACAUGUUGCCCAUUGAACGUGCUUUAUAUAGCCUAUUGCUGCAUAAUCUAACAAAGUGCGCGGGUCCUGCUUGCUAUACUUAACUUUUUAUUCACAAAUCUAUUGAGUGUUGUUUUUUCUUUAAAAUUUAAUAUUUAAUUAGGUACGUCCGUACAUCCAUAGAUUCAUUCAAAAGUCAAAACAUAAUGCUUUGGGCUGUGAUUUCUUUGACUUGUGUACAUUAUGUGCAUUAAAACAAAAUAAUUAUCAUAUGAAUAUAUCACUGUACGACACCAGUCAAAUUGUAUUUCAGAUUCGCCUGCUGGUGCUUGAUCAUCUUUCAUUAUCUAAAUCAGUUUGUAUGAAUACUUUAAAGAGUCUUGGAAGUCUGUGGAUCAUUCAUUUGCUACAAAUACAUAGUCGUAUCUAUUCAGCUGGUGGGGCACUGUACAAAUGCAUCUGACGAACGAUCCAUUUUUAAAUUUAGCAAAGCAUGAGCAUAUUAUAUAAAUUGCCAAAUGUCAUAUACUACGCCUAAUAAAUAUUUUCAGGGGCA